AUGUUGAACAUAUUGAGUUUCAAAGCGACAUUGGACAAGUGGGAGGGAGAUUCGCGUGGCUGGCACAGUUGGUCGUCGAACGUUAAUGUUGACUCUUUUGUCCUGCUGGCAUUCACAGAUGGCAUGGACUUCAAGGAGCGGCUCAUUGCGAGCGUCAAGAAGGAGGUCAAACAGCUCAUGGAGGAGGCGGUCACCAAGAAGUACGUGCACGAGGACAGCAGCUCGGUGACAUCGCUCUGCGCCGCUGUGGAGGCCUGCCUCAGCCAGGGUCUGCGCCGUCGGGCGCUCGGCCUGUUCAAGACGUCGUCGACGACGGCGCUGCUCCACAAGAUCGCCAAAACCUGCGCCGAGGCGGAGCACAUUAGCAAGCUGGUCCAGGAGAUCGAGGCCAGCGAUCCCAACAAGCGUUCGUCCUCCAGCAGCGACAGCUUCAAUCGACCGCCCAUGCUCAAGAAGAGCAGCAGCAACUCCAUGUCGACCAGCAAUGCCACCACAUCAACGGCAUCCGGCUCCACGUCGGCCUCGGUGACGACAUCGGUCUCGGUCAGCGCCAGCACCAGCAUGUCUCUGGUCACCAUGAAAUAUCUCUGGAUACGCUUGGCCCUGUACGAGAAGCGCCUGACCAAGAUCAUCGAGUAUCUGGUGAGCAAUGCCCAGAGCUAUUACGAUCGUGAUGCGCUGGUCGCUGAUCCGGACUACGGCUCCAUACUCAGCUCGCUGCUGGUGGGUCCGUGUGCCCUGGACUUUACGCGUGCCAAAACGGCGGAUCACUACUGGACCGAUCCGCAUGCCGAUGAGCUGUUGCAACGCCAUCGGAUCAGCUGUCGCCGCUCCUCGUCCACCUGUUCGCGUCCGGCGAUUAUCAACUUCAAGCGGAGCUUGAACACCAGCUCGGAUGAUGCCAGCAGCUGCUCGUUCAAGUCGAUCGCCUCGGCCACCGUGGCCAAGGACUAUGUGGAGUCACUGCAUCAGAAUGCCAAGGCCACGCUGCUCUACGGCAAGAACAACGUGCACGUACAGCCGAAGGAUGUGCCGGAGCUGAUGCCGGGCUACCUGAGCCUGCAUCAGCACAUCCAAACGCUGACCAUCAAAUGGACGCCGAAUCAGCUGAUGAACGGCUACAACGACGCCGAGGAGGAGGACAUCGACAAGGAGAUCUACUGGGCCUACGCCCUCAACAUCAAUGUGGACGAGAUCGUCUAUGUGCACUGUCAUCAGAGCCGUGGCGAGGACAGCGGCGGCACCGUCAUCCUGGUCGGCCAGGACGGCGUACAGCGGCCGCCCAUACACUUCCCGGAGGGCGGGCACAUGCAGCAGUUCCUCUCGUGCCUGGAGACGGGUCUGCUGCCGCACGGCCAGCUCGAUCCGCCGCUCUGGUCGCAGCGCGGCAUUGGCAAAAUGUUUCUAUGGCCCAAGAGCAUGCGGCGUCGCAUCCUGCCAUCGGUCAUGGAGUCGGUGGACGAGACGCCCAUUGAUUAUGUCUUUCGCAUAGUCAGCAAGAGUCGCCACGAAGAGUUCGCUGCUACGCACUCCAUCCUGGACUUUGUGCGCAGCACGCCGAGGCGCGCCCAAUUGAGCAGCUGCUCCACGACCGGCAGCAGCGACUGCUCCAACAAGAGCCUGUCCAUCGAUCAGUACCCGAUGGAGUCGCCCCUGUUACAGCAGCACAAUCAGAACGCCAGCAUCGAGAUGGUCUGCUCCACGAUGCGUCGCCAGAUCAUCUCGCGCGCCUUCUACGGCUGGCUGGCCUACUGUCGCCAUCUAUCCACGGUGCGGACGCAUCUAUCGGGUCUGGUUCACGGACGGAUCACCCCAGAGAUGAAAGCCGACGAGGAGGGUCUCACCAAGGAGCGCUGGGAGCUGCUCAAUGCGGAUGGCAUGCUGCAGGACUCCACCGAGUUCUAUCGCCUGAUCUACUUUGGGGGCGUCAAGCCGGAGCUGCGCAAGGAGGUCUGGCCGUACCUGCUCGGCCAUUAUGCCUUUGGCACCACCGCAGAGGAACGCCGCAAGCAGGACGAGACCUGCAAGCACUACUAUGAGACCACGAUGAGCGAGUGGCUGGCCGUGGACGCCAUUGUGCAGCAGCGCGAGAAGGAGAAGACGGCCAGGGCCGUGGCCAAGCUCAGCUCGGGCAGCAACAGCGGCAAUGAGCGCACUGUGCGUGCCGCCGACCUGGAUGCGGGCGGGGAGCUGGAGAACGAGGUGUUUGAGGACAUUUCGGAUAUAUCCGAUCCGGGCGAUCUGGAGUUUGACGACGAGCAGCGGCAGCAGCAGCAGCAGCUGCAGCAGGAGUCGGCCAGCGUCAGUGCGGCGCUCCUCAGCGUCAAGCCCAUACCACGAGCCAUGAAGACCAGCACCGAUUCGGGCCAUGUGGACGAGGGCCUCGACGAUCUCGACGAAGAGGACGAGCAGGAGCAGGAGGAGCAGCAGCAGCAGGACGACAUCAAGAAGAAACAGCCCGAGGGCAAUGAAUCAGCGGUGACAGCCGACAAAGCAGUUGCAGCCAAGUCCAUAGCGGACAAGGAGCCCAGCCGCUCCACCUCAACGACAUCGUCGUAUGAGACCGUUGGCGGUGCUCCACAGCCGGGCGAGACGCGCAGCGUGCUCAGUCCCGAGUUCCUCAGCGCCGACGAUCUGCAGGCACAGCUGCCCGACGACGAGGAGGCCGUGAGGCCACAGCAGGCCGCCGCUGUCAUCAUCACAAAUGCUUCCGUGGACAUUGGCAGCUGCGAGCGCAGCCCCAAGGCCGGUAGCCAGAUGCCGGCGCUAAGCGAGCAACUGGAGGCAGCUGGAAGCACUGCGCCCAAUCUGGAUGCACUGCAGGAGCCAAAGUCAGCCUGCGCCUCGCCAGCCAGCUCCAAUGGUGGCGUCUACAGCAGCGAGUUGCUGGAGCAGUUUGGCUUGAAUCUGCAUCGGAUCGAGAAGGAUGUGCAGCGCUGCGAUCGCAACUAUUGGUACUUUGCCAGCGAGAAUCUGGACAAGCUGCGCAAUGUGAUAUCGACGUAUGUGUGGGAGCAUCUGGAUGUGGGCUACAUGCAGGGCAUGUGCGAUCUGGUCGCUCCAUUGCUGGUCAUCUUCGAUGACGAGUCGCUCAGCUACAGCUGCUUCUGCAAGCUGAUGGAGCGCAUGAUCGAGAACUUUCCCAGCGGCGGUGCCAUGGACAUGCACUUUGCCAACAUGCGCUCACUCAUUCAGAUACUGGACUCGGAGAUGUACGACCUAAUGGACUCGAACGGGGACUAUACGCACUUCUAUUUCUGCUACCGCUGGUUCCUCUUGGACUUCAAGCGCGAGCUCAUCUACGACGAUGUCUUCGCCACCUGGGAGGUCAUCUGGGCGGCCAAGCACAUUGCCUCCGGGCACUUUGUGCUCUUCCUGGCGCUGGCGCUGCUCGAGACCUAUCGCGACAUCAUUCUAUCCAACAGCAUGGACUUUACGGAUGUCAUCAAGUUCUUCAAUGAAAUGGCCGAGCGUCACAAUGCCCAGGCGGUGCUGCAGUUGGCCCGGAGUCUGGUUCUACAGCUUCAGAUGAUUAUUGAGAACAAAUAGAUCCGCAAUUGCUCGAUAAAUAGCCAACAAAAUAUCUAAAUAUAUGUAUGAAUCUAUGUAUAUAUAUGUUAUAUAUAUUUACAUAGUAGUUGUAGCAGCUUAAUCUAUGAAUGUUUUUGCCAAACCCUCAGAUUCUCCCACAAGGUACCAAGGUGCCCCCCUUAG